AUUUACCCAGGGGAAAAAGGUGGGUGGGGGAGGGGACGGAUGCAAACUUUGAGAAGCCCGGAUCGUUCCCAGUGGAUCAGCUUGGGCCGCGUUGGGAGGCGGUAGUCUAACUUCGUCCCCGGGCCGGUAGUCGGAUAUGCCCACGUCGGGGGCCUGAAGGAAGGGGAUGAUGGACUCGCAAAGCGGGGCGCACUAACGCCGAAGGAUCACAGAAGCAAAGACAUUCACUCCCGGCUUCUCACAGCCCCCCCCAACCACCACGCGCGAAGAGGAAAGGGCGGCUGGGGCACCAGAUUCUUCCGACGGGCGCGCCCCUUGGCCGCUUUGACUGACUGUCUUGCCUUGCGGGCGGCUGUGAAGUUAGAAAUCUUGCCACCCUUCCAAAACUACUGUGAGUUCCUUCGUGUAGUACAGCUCGAGUGCAGCCACACCCUCCCUGUGCUUCCUGAUAGGGGAUGCAGGCUCCUAACUGAAUCUGUCUGCCAUUCCUAUACAGCAAAAGGCACCGCAAACGCAACGGCUGACACUAGACUUGUGGGGGGUUAUUACUGAACAUCCGUUGGACGAAAAUAAAUACAUCUCCUUAAAAUCUCAAAUCACCGAAAGAAAAACAAGGUGGAGAAAGCAAAAGUGAAGUCGCCUUGUGGGAGUUUUUUCUUUGAAUUCUGGCGGAAAUCUGCAACAUCAGCCCCCCAAACCAGAAGUGAAAUCUGAUUUUCUUUUUGUGUGCGCGCGCGUGAGGGGGGGAACAGAGGAAGAAUUUCUCCUUUUUUAAAAAAAAAUCAACGCCCCCCUCCCCACCCCGUUCCAGAUUCUCUCGUGGAAAGCGACAACAUCGGAGGAACAAAAUCCAACUCGAGGACAAGGAUUCCCGGCGAGAAGUUAAACCAAAACAGCGUCAUGUAUGGAGCCAGGAGGCGGUGGAGUUCCAGACUGAGGACAUGCACAUUGGGUUGUGCUGGGCAGACGGAUUAAGAGAGGGAGGAGUGCUCGUGUCUUUAUUUGAUUGUUUGGGCUGCAAGACCUCUGUUUGCGAAACCGGCGGCGAGGAACUGAGCUUGGCAUCGACUGCGAAUCCCCCUUUCCGUGGAGCAGGAGGGCGAAAUAAUUCGUUGAUUGUAAUAUUUUGUUGGAUUUUUGUUUUGCUUUCUUGGUUCACUGAGCCCUUUCCUUUCCGGUCAUUGAUGGGACGAUGAUGCGAGCGGACGGAGAUCCUGGGCUCAAUAGGAACGGUGCUGGUCUCCCAAGCGGCAUGCGAGAGGCCGCUCGGCACUAUGGCUAGUAGCGGCUCGGCCAAGUCAGGGGCGAGCGGUUCGGUUUCGGGCUCGGGUUCCCAGCAGCGGCGGAGACUGGUUUUCGUCUGCGACAUGUGCAAGAGCAAGAUGCAACUAGUGGCCGACCUGCUGCUGCUGUCCGGCGACAACCGCCCGGUGCACAGCGAGAGCCUGGCACCUGGGCCCGGCCAGUCCUUCGACAAGAUCCGGGACGCGGUGAUCGCCCGCACCAAGGGGCUCUCCAUCCUCACCCACGACCUGCAGAGCCAGCUCAACCUGGGCCGCUACGGCGAGGUGGCCGAGCGCCUGGCCGAGCUCAGCGAGCUGGUGGUGGCUCUGGUCGAGUGCUCGGCCCACGCCGCUUACCUGGCGGCGGCCGAAGCUCCGGGCUCGCAGGCGGCUGUGGCCGGUCUGGUGGACCGUUACCGGCUGCGGCGGGCCCGCCACGAGGUGGAGCAGAGCUGCGGGCUGCUGCGGACGGCGCCGGUGUCCGAGCUUACCCCGCCGCUGCUGCUCGAGGUGUCGCGGGGUCUAGCGAGGGGUCUCCGCGGGCUCACUGAAGCCUGCGCUCCGGCCGGCCGAGGCAGUGGGGACCGCUUCGCCCGCGACCAGCUCCGCCUCGGGGUCAAGUGCAUGAGCGCCAGCGCCGCGGCCCUGCUGGCCUGUGUGCGGGAGCUGAAGGCUCGGCCGGGUGAGGCUAGCCGGGCCCGCUGUGUGCUGUUCGGGGGCCCGCUGCUGCAGGCCGUGCACGCCCUGGUCGGCUUCGCCAGCGAGCCGCAGUUUGUGGGCCGGGCGGCGGCUCUGAGUGCCGAGGGCCGGGCCGUGCAGACCGCCGUGCUGGGCGGCGCCAUGAGCGUAGUGUCGGCCUCGGUGCUGCUCACCCAGUGCCUCCGGGACAUCGCGCUGCACUCGGACAGCAGCAAGGUGCCCGACUACCGGCAGCGCCUGCACCAUUCGGCCCUGGCCGUGUCUGACGGCUGUAACCUGCUGUCACAGGCGCUGCGGGAGAGAUCGUCUCCCCGGACCCUGCCUCCUCCCCCGCCCCUCAAUUGUCACUCUGUGAAUUAAUCCCCUCCUUGUGGCCCCUCUCCCGCUUUCAACCUCCCCACCCCCUCCUUGUCCCCAUCUCCCUCUUUCACACUGUCCCACCCCCUCCAUUCCCCCAACCCCCUCUAUAACCCCGUCAGUCUAUCCCUCUGCACCCCCAUCCCUCCUUCCUCCCCAUUUCCCCCAAUCCUUCCUCCCCAUGCCCCCAUCUCUCUCACUUCCCUAUAACCCCCACCCCCUUAUGCAAAAGACAUUGUUUCCCCCUCUUCAAUACCAAAGAAUCCUCGGGCACCGACCGCUGUGUUCUGUGUGUGGAAGUUUGGGUGGGUGGGUGUUCGUUUUCCUUUCCCCUUUGCUUUUGUUUUUGGACACUUGGCACCAGACCAGGCCCUUAGGCCCACCGUGCCUCUACUAGCUCUUUGACAGAGCUUCCUGACCCAGAGACAGACGGCUUUUACACUAACCCCCUGGGGGGAGGUUUCAAACCAAUCAGACCAAGACACAAUGAACUGAUGGAGGCUUUAAUCGUGCUGGGUGCGGUUGGGAUAGAAAGUCAGUGUCUUGGGGCUGUCCUAUUGUUUGUUACAGUGGGGCGAUUUUUUAAAAAAAGUGUCAAAUUGAGUCAAUUAACAUCAUGGUUUAGAAAGGGGACUUACCUCAGUUAACAGAGUGCACACACAAACACACAUUACCAGCGGGGUGGAAUGUAGCUCCGUCAUGUGUGAUCUAUGGAGUCAAAUGGUAAGAGAGAGAAGUGAGUCUGGUGUUAGCGAAAGGGAGUGUGCAGUUGUGAUCGUGAUCUUUUCACGUCUUGAUUUUUAAAAAGUUGGGAUAAAGCUGCUGUGAGUGUUUUUUUUUCCAGUUUUACACUAUUUGCCAGACGUGGAAGUCGAUGUCAAGUUUUCUUGCAUGUACUGGAGUAUUUAUUUCAACAUUAAAAUGUUAUGUUUCUCAUGAGAUUUUGUUAACUCUGUUUAGGAGGUUUUUUGUUCAAUAUUGUAUAGUCCAGUUAUAUAUCAGAGAACUUACUGUGAAAGGAAUAUCUGCAAAUACAAGGGACUUGUAUACAGA